UUUAAGGCUGACAUAACUAGAAGAGGAACAAAUUGUCCCAACAAUCAACAUCUAAAACUCCAGAGAACAUCAGCGGUGGAUACUGUCACUCUAACCGGAUUUCAUAGACACCCCAAAACACUUUCGAAGAUAAUUAUAAACCGCCUUUUAAUAUACAUUCCUCUUUUCAGAGGACGUGUUAUUUCGCCGUGAGAAUUACUGCCCUCAAAGCGCCAUGUCAAUGCUGCCUUCAUUCGGCUUUACCCAGGAGCAAGUGGCCUGUGUGUGUGAGGUGCUCCAGCAAGGGGGGAACUUGGAAAGACUGGGACGGUUUCUGUGGUCCCUUCCCGCGUGUGACCAUCUACACAAGAACGAAAGCGUCCUGAAAGCUAAGGCGGUGGUAGCGUUUCACCGUGGCAAUUUCAGAGAACUGUACAAAUUACUAGAGAGCCACCAAUUUUCCCCACACAACCACCCCAAACUCCAGCAGCUGUGGCUGAAGGCGCACUACGUCGAGGCAGAAAAACUGAGAGGAAGACCUCUGGGCGCAGUCGGGAAAUACAGGGUACGAAGAAAAUUCCCUUUGCCCCGGACAAUUUGGGACGGGGAAGAAACCAGCUACUGCUUUAAGGAAAAAUCCAGGGGCGUACUGAGGGAAUGGUACACCCACAACCCGUACCCGUCUCCGCGGGAGAAGAGAGAAUUAGCGGAGGCCACGGGACUCACCACAACGCAAGUCAGCAACUGGUUCAAAAAUAGAAGACAGCGGGACAGAGCCGCAGAAGCUAAAGAAAGGGAGAACAGUGAAAACAACAACUCUGGCAACAACAAACAGAACCAGCUAUCCCCACUGGAUGGGGGCAAAUCUCUAAUGUCAAGCUCAGAAGACGAGUUUUCGCCCCCGCAGAGCCCUGAUCAGAACUCAGUCUUACUGUUGCAGGGAAAUAUGAACCACUCUGUGGGCUCCAGUUAUCCCUUGACCGGUCUAAGCGCUUCUCAGUCUGUUCAUAGCAUUCAAGGACAUCCGCACCAGCUCCAAGACUCUCUUCUCGGACCCCUAACUUCUAGCCUUGUGGAUCUUGGCUCUUAAACAACAAA